AUGCGGGUUCAUGUGAUCGUCAUUGCAGAUACUACUACUGAAGCAGCCACAACUACUGCUCCAGAUACUACUACCGAAGCAGACACAACUACUGAUGCAGCCACAACUACUGCAACAGACACUCCUACUGAAGCAGCAACAACUACUGCAGCAGAAACUACUUCUGAAGCAGCCACAACUACUGGUCCAGAUACUACUACUGAAGCAGCCACAACUACUGUUCCAGAUUCUACUACUGCACCAGACACAUCUACUGUUCCAGACACUACUACUGAAGCAGCCAAAACUACUGUUCCCGAUACUACUACUAAAGCAGCCACAACUACAGCAGCAGACACUACUACCGAAGCAGCCACAACUACUGUUCCAGAUACUACUACCGAAGCAGCCACAACUACUGUUCCAGAUACUACUACUGAAGCAGCCACAACUACUGCUCCAGAUACUACUACCGAAGCAGACACAACUACGGAAACUGCCACAACUACUGCAGCAGACACUACUACUGAAACAUCAACAACUACUGCAGCAGACACUACUACUGAAGCAGCCACAACAACUGUUCCAGAUACUACUACUGAAGCAGCCACAACUACUGCAGCAGACACUACUACCGAAGAAGCCACAACUACUGUUCCAGAUACUACUACUGAAGCAGCAACAACUACUGCUCCAGAUACUACUACCGAAGCAGACACAACUACUAAAACAGCCACAACUACUGCAGCAGACACUACUACUAAAGCAGCAACAACUACUGCAGCAGACACUACAGACACUACUACCGAAGAAGCCACAACUACUGUUCCAGAUACUACUACUGAAGCAGCAACAACUACUGCUCCAGAUACUACUACCGAAGCAGAAACAACUACUAAAACAGCCACAACUACUGCAGCAGACACUACUACUGAAGCAGCAACAACUACUGCAGCAGACUGGACCAGACACAACUACUGUACAAACACUACUAUUGAAGCUGCCACAACUAGUGGACCAGACACAACUACUGCACAAGUAACUACAUCUAAAGCAGCCACAACUACUGCAGCAGACACAAUUACUGUUCCAGAUAAUACUACUGCAGCAAACACUACUUCUGAAGCAGCCACAACUUCUGUUCCAGAUAUUACUACUGAAGCAGACACAACUACUGUUCCAGAUACUACUACUCAAGCAACCACAACUACUGCAGCAGACACUACUACCGAAGCAGCCACAACUACUGUUCCAGAUACUACUACUGAAGCAGCCACAACUACGGCUCCAGAAACUACUCCCGAAGCAGACACAACUACUGAAGCAGCCACAACUACUGCAGCAGACACAACUACUGAAGCAGCCACAACUACUGUUCCAGACACAACUACUGAAGCAGCCACAUCUACUGCAACAGACACUACUACUGAAGCAGCCACAACUACUGCAGCAGACACUACUACUGAAACAGCCACAACUACUGCAGCAGACACUACUACUGAAGCAGCCACAACUACUGCAGCAGACACUACUACUGAAGCAGCAACAACUACUGCAGCAGACACUACUACUGAAGCAGCCACAACUACUGUUCCAGAUACUAAUACUGAAACAGCCACAACUACUGCAACAGACACUACUACCAAAGCAGCCACAACUACUGUUCCAGAUACUACUACUGAAGCAGCCACAAGUACGAUUCCAGAUACUACUACCGAAGAAGACACAACUACUGAACCAGCCACAACUACUGCAGCAGACACUACUACUGAAGCAGCCACAACUACUGCAGCAGACACAACUACUGAAGCAGCCAAAACUACUGUUCCAGACACAACUACUGAAGCAGCCACAUCUACUGCAACAGACACUACUACUGAAGCAGCCACAACUACUGCAGCAGACACUACUACUGAAACAGCAACAACUACUGCAGCAGACACUACUACUGAAGCAGCCAAAACUACUGCAGCAGACACUACUACUGAAGUAGCAACAACUACUGCAGCAGACACUACUACUGAAGCAGCCACAACUACUGUUCCAGAUACUAAUACUGAAACAGCCACAACUACUGCAACAGACACUACUACCAAAGCAACCACAACUACAGUUCCUGAUACUACUACUGAAGCAGCCACAAGUACGGCUCCAGAUACUACUACCGAAGCAGACACAACUACUGAACCAGCCACAACUACUGCAGCAGACACUCCUACUGAAGCAACUACUACUGAAGCAGCCACAACUACUGCAGCAGACACUACUACUGAAGCAACAACAACUACUGCAGCAGACACUACUACUGAAGCAGCCACAACAACUGUUCCAGAUACUACUACUAAAGCAGCCACAACUACUGCAGCAGACACUACUACCGAAGAAGCCACAACUACUGUUCCAGAUACUACUUCUGAAGCAGCAACAACUACUGCUCCAGAUACUACUACCGAAGCAGACACAACUACUAAAACAGCCACAACUACUGCAGCAGACACUACUACUGAAGCAGAAACAACUACUGCAGCAGACACUACUAUUGAAGCAGCCACAACUACUGCAGCAGCCACAACUACUGUUCCAGACACAACUACUGAAGCAGCCCCAACUACUGCAGUAGACACUACUACUGAAUCAGCCACAAGUACUGUUCCAGAUACUACUACUGAAGCAGCCACAACUACUGUUCCAGACACAACUACUGAAGCAGCCACAUCUACUACAACAGACACUUCUACUGAAGCCGCCACAACUACUGCAGCAGACACCACUACUGAAGCAGCCACAACUCCUGCAGCAGACACUACUACUGAAGCAGCCACAACUACUGUUCCAGAAACUACUACUGAAGCAGCCACAACUACAGCCACAACUACUGCAGCAGACACUACUACUGAAACAGCCACAACUACUGUAGCAGACACUACUACUGAAGCAGCCACAACUACUGCAGCAGACACUACUACUGAAGCAGCAACAACUACUGCAGCAGACACUACUACUGAAGCAGCCACAACUACUGUUCCAGAUACUAAUACUGAAACAGCCAUAACUACUGCAACAGACACUACUACCAAAGCAGCCACAACUACUGUUCCAGAUACUACUACUGAAGCAGCCACAAGUACGGCUCCAGAUACUACUACCGAAGCAGACACAACUACUGAACCAGCCACAACUACUGCAGCAGACACUACUACUGAAGCAGCCACAACUACUGUUCCAGACACAACUACUGAAGCAGCCACAUCUACUGCAACAGACACUACUACUGAAGCAGCCACAACUACUGCAGCUGACACUACUACUGAAACAGCAACAACUACUGCAGCAGACACUACUACUGAAGCAGCCACAACUACUGCAGCAGACACUACUACUGAAGCAGCAACAACUACUGCAGCAGACACUACUACUGAAGCAGCCACAACUACUGUUCCAGAUACUAAUACUGAAACAGCCACAACUACUGCAACAGACACUACUACCAAAGCAACCACAACUACUGUUCCUGAUACUACUACUGAAGCAGCCACAAGUACGGCUCCAGAUACUACUACCGAAGCAGACACAACUACUGAACCAGCCACAACUACUGCAGCAGACACUACACAACUACUGAAGCAGCCACAACUACUGCAGCAGACACUUCUACUGAAGCAGCUACAACUGCUGUUCCAGAUACUACUACUGAAGCAGCCACAAGAAGCAGCCACAACUACUGUUCCAGAUACUACUACUGCACCAGACACAACUACUGUUCCAGACACUACUACUAAAGCAGCCACAACUAGUGGACCAGACACAACUACUGCACAACAGACACUACUACUGAAACAGCAACAACUCCUGCAGCAGACACUACUACUGAAGCAGCCACAACAACUGUUCCAGAAACUACUACUGAAGCAGCCACAACUAGUGGACAAGACACAACUACUGUACAAGUAA